UUAGACUCCAGCCGCACAGACUGUCGGCCCUUAGCUGCAAACUUAUUCGAGGUGUCUACUCGGAGCACGACCGACGUAUCCGUGGCAUAAGUGAGAUUCAGCGUAUUCGCCGUUGUUCUAUCCACAUAUUGGACAAAUCCGUCGGUGGGAUCUUCGCCAUGAUAAUAGUCAAAGCGGUCGAAGAACGAUGUUCCUGAAUACGUAUCGACUAGUUCAUAAUUGAGUUUCGUAUAGUCCGGAUAGCGAUUUGCUUUCGUGCCCUCGACAGCUCCGACAAUAACUGCCACCACUACUGCAAUGGCUGCAACUCCGGCAAUCAGCUUGGUGCGCAGCGACCACCCGCGUGGGUUGUACCACGGGAGCGCGGGUCCUGGGGGCGGAGCAGUGUAUUCAGCGCCCGAGCCAGGAGGGGGCCCCGCAUGUUGGACUUCGAGCUUGGGGAGGUGAGCUGUUGCUCCCGCAUAUCGUGAGAAGUCGUCAGCGGGGAUGUAAUUCGUUCUGUCCGUCAUCGUGUGGUUGCUAUCUUUCCUGUUUCGAGAGAGAAGUUGAGCCAACGGAGAAAGGCACAAGGGAUCAAUGCGAGCAAACGGGCAAGAAUGUGUCGGAUUAUUCAGAGCGGUGUCAGGGAGUUCAAGAGGCCUGGAGUUAGGGAAGCAAGUUGGCAUGUCGUCAUCCAGAAUGCAGGAGGUGAAACCAUGCCUCCGAUCAUGUCCUGAUCAGGUAACUCGCGUACUUUAACCCGACUGCAUGCAGUGAACAUUAAUCAAGGCGGGAAGAUUGUCAAAAUCAAAAGCGGCUGGUUGUCAAUGCAACGGGGGUCUUAUCGCUGCUUAGAGUCUUACAUUUUCUCCUACUGUGGUUUCUCCCAAGUAUGGA